GGUUCCAAUCAGGGGUUUUCUAAGAGCUGCACAGCUAUGUAGCUGGUAGCUGGCUUAGGAGCACCGUGUGGGCCUGGAAGACGGGAAGAGGGCACUGCCCACUUGCCUGGUCUGCAGGCCUGGCCUCUGUUCUCAGGGCCUGGGAAACAGUCACCUCCUUUCCUGCUCCGGGGCCAGCAGCCUGUCCUCGGGGUCGCUGCUAUUUCUGCCAAAGGGGAGAGGUAAUUAUAGCUCAACCCUUGCCAGCUGGCUGAGCUCUGCAACCCGGAAAAGGGGCCUGGGGCGGGGACACAGGCUGGCCACAGAUUGGGCCUGCAGGCGGCGGGCAGUCCCUCCAGAUCAGAGCGUAGGAAGCCGGGCAGACACAGCCUCGUCCACCUGUGCAGCCCAGACCCUGCCUCUCCAGGGGCAGGAGGGCCCUGCCAGCCAAAACCUGCCCGGGACAGUGCUGGACAGUUCCCACUGGGGGACGCCACAGAGCCUGGCUGUCACUGUCCCUCACUUGGACCCAGGAAGGAGCAGGACCAUGUUCCAGUAAAUGCGGACUGCAGUGACAGCCUUGAGCCCUGACUCCCGGCCAGAGACAGAUGAGACCAGAGAGAAUGAGGAGCCUCCUCCGGGCCCUAUGACACCCAGGGCGCAGAGGGAGGGUGACAAGAAGUGCCCCCCCUCCAUCUUGAGGCGGAGUGGGCUGCAACACCACGGCCUUGGGGCCGAGCCACAGAGGACCUCGAGGCACGUGCGGUUCCGAGAGCCGCUGGAGGUGGCCGUCCAUUACGCCGCCUGCAGGGAGCCCCCCACCACCACCACCAAGGCACCGGGGCCACACCUCUGCGGCGGCUCCCUGCUCCUGCGGCUGUCCGUGUGCGUCCUGCUGGCACUGGUGCUCGGCCUGUACUACGGCCGGGCCAAGCCGGUGGCGCUGGCCCUCGAGGACCUCCAGGCCCGCCUGCUGGGGCUCAUCCUGUGCUUGCGGGACGCAGCCCUCACCUGCUGGCACGGCCUCCCACAGCUCUGACUGCGCGGGACUCACCUCCAUCCCGGCGGCCCCAGCAGGCAGCAUUGCGGGCACAGAGCCCCAGGGUGGCUCGAGGCCCGAACCCUGGAGACUCAAGUCCCCACUCUGAUCAGGGGCCCCCCCUGUUCACAUACUGGGGUCCUCUGUGAGGCUUCAUUAGAAAAAGGAUCCAGUACUGAAAACUGGGGACCCACCAGCUCUUUAGACCCCUCCCUCGUCCCAGUGGGAACUCGAUGCCCUUGGGCCUGGCCUGGAUGUGGCACAGUGUAGCCCCUAUAGAAGGGGUCACCCUGCCCUGAGUCUGGGGGACCCCGCGGGGAGGGGCAACUGGCCUUUGCUUAGGGCCUGAGCCGCCAGGACCCGGAAGGCCCACUGGGAGAGCUGAUCUGGCUGCCAGGUCACGCCCCCCUGCAGGCCCCUCCCAAAGCCACACCCGGGCUAGGGCCCCACACCCCGACCUUGCUGGCGGUGUUAGGCCGUCAGCCUGAGCCCAGGUCUGACCUCUGCACUGGGCCCAAGGCCUGGGGGAAGCAUGUCCUGCCCAGCGCCCCCAGCCAUCCUGCCUCAGGGUGUGGAGCAGAAGGGGGACAGCAAAGAGCCCAGAGGCAGGGCAGCUCUGCCCAGAUGCCCACCAUUCUCAGAACACAGCCAUCUGUGCGCAGGUCCGAGGCACGCUGCACAGCUGGGGGCCUGUGAAUACCCAGACUGCAUGCACUGCCGUGCCAUCCCCCACGGGGCACGGCCAAGGGGACCCGCACAGUGACAAACUCCAGGGGCCCCUCCAGACCCCGCAUAGAGCAGGGAGGCCCAUGGCCAGACUCCAGGAGGGACGGCCAGGGAGAAACCAUGCCCCUGAGACAACCUUCAGAUGAGUGUCCACGGGCUGCCCCUUGGGGGGCUAACCGCUAAGCCCCCACCCACCAGAGGCGGGGAGACUGAUUUCCUAUUAAAACGCACUGAACCUCUU